AUGGGCAAAGAUUCCCAUUCUUCUGACAGCGAGGAGCAGACUAAUCCACGGAAGCGAUCAAGAAAAACACUUAGUGCCGAAGAGGAUAAUGGUUCCUCACACAAAAAGAGAGGCCGACCACGUGUGGAUACUCAAGAUGCCACUGCCGCAGAUCGUCGACGAACACAAAUCCGUCUUGCUCAACGAGCCUACCGCCAGCGUAAGGAGUCCACUAUCUCGUCUCUCAAGAAGCAAGUAUCUGGCCUUGAAAGUGUAGUGGAACAAAUGAACAAGACACUUCUGCAAUUCAACGACUCAGCUAUCAACUCUGGUAUUCUUGCUCUCCGCCCCCAGCUCGCGAAAGAACUCCAAGCCGCGACUGAGAUGUUCGGCCAGCUUGCUCAAGACACUGCUGCCAACGCGUCACAGGAUGAUGAUCAAGAAGGUAUUGAAGAUGUUCAGCCCGAGCCAACUGUAUCUGAACCACAAGCACCACCACAAAACAACAUUGCCAUGCCACCUACUCCAAACUUUGCACAACCAGAGCACGAUCAACUCGAUAUGGGCUUUGGUUACGCCCGCAUGUUCCAAGGCCGCGAAUAUGAUCUUCACCAACGAGAUGUCAUAUCAUCGUACCUCUCCGGCCUCCCUACUGAUCCUCUUCCUCCGCCGCCAAGCCAUCAUCAGUCACAUCAUCACCAAGACCUGCUGCCCUUUGGCCUCAUCUCCCAUGACCAGCAUACAUCGUAUCACGUAAACAAUGUCUCCACCCCUUCACCAAAACAUGUACCCUCCCCAUAUGGCGACAAUAUCCUCGCCACACCCUGUACCUACUCCUUUCAGGAAACGACUUUCGCCCGCCGUCUUCAGCGCUACUCCAUCGAGCGCGCAUACCAGCUAGUUAGUAGCAAAGCGUACCGUCCCGGUCGUUAUGAGAAGGUUUUCCGUCUCUCUCUCCUCACUGCGCCACACGAAGAGAUCGCUGGGCGCUUCCAAGCGCUCCUGAAACGCGGUCAACACGAAAGUCUGGAAUUCUGGGAAACACCGUUCAUUCAUCUAGGCGGCGCAGGCACGCAUUACCCACGGCGCGACGUGAAUGGAAAUGUGCUUCCGAUCUUGAACGGUUGGACAGUGCGGCGCAUUGGACCAAUUCCGUACCGGGGCCUCCUGAUGGAUGACAAGGGGCAUAUGCGAGAUAUCGAAUUGGAUCUGCGCGAGUUCCAGGGCGAUUGGUUCGAUGCGCAUGAUGUCCAGGGCUAUCUCGAGGAGAAGGGGUGUCGGAUCGAUCCGCAGAGCUCGUUUGCGGAUGCGCUGCUUGACGCGCCGCUAUCGCGCGCGUUUGAGGAUGUCAGCGGGCCACUGGCCAUGGAUUUGGGGAUGAUGAAUAAUACUGCGAUGUCAUUAGCACCACCAAGAAGCAGGAGUGGGAGUCUGUUGACCAGUGUGGAUGGGAAUAGGAGUGCGAGCUUGACGAGUGGUCAUUCGGGUAGCUAUCCGCGCAGUGAGAGCACAGGGGUACACACGCCGAAUUCAACGAAUGACGGCCAACCAGAAACGGGAUUUGGCUUUGGAUCAGGCAUGAUGGGUGCGAUGAAUAUGGAUGGAUUCUAUAACAUGAGUUUCCCGAUGAAGCCGAACAAGCCCAAACGGUCGGUUACGAUUGACGUGCAGAAGCUCUGCGAAGAGCUUGUGAACAGAUGCAUGUGCCUUGGACGCUCGCCAGGUUUCCGACCUAACGAUGUAGACGCUGCCUUCAAUGCUUCUAUCAUCAGCGCCUACUGA